AAAAUUUACAGCGCCCACAGGUCAUAAAUCUCACAACGAGGUCGUGCUAUUAGAUAUGCUUCGUAGAGCAGGCACAUUCGCUCGUUCGGCGAUAGCUUCGACUUCGGUCAGCCAGCGUGCCGCACCAUAUUCAACUGCCCUUCCGAAGCCGCCGCUCGAUGUCGAUCCCGCUCUCCAGGCACUUCUCCGUGAUGUCGACAUCUCGCUGCACUCCCAGAAGCGCCACGAUGCACCAGCACGAGCAGGGCCACGCGAGCUCGAGGCGUUCGGGCUUGCAGACGCUGCAGAGCGCGAGGUCAUAGACGAGGGCGACGAAGAGGCGUAUGAGAGACGGGAAGAGCGCAAGAGUCCUGCGGCUGCGUUCGGGGGACAUCGUGUUGGGGCAGUAGUGCUCCCCGCCGAGCUGAGUGAUGCUGUCACUGCGCUCAUCGAAGACUCGGACAAAGUGCUCUUGCACAGUGACGCCGAGCGUCUCUUCCGGAACCCCGAAUUUAGAGGUGUAGCUGGUGAGGCCGGCUGGUCACAGGGCUACGACGUCGAGUACCGCAACCGACGUCAGGCAUACCAGCACCAGGACCGUGACGGGACCGCGUUCGCUUCUGUUGUCCUCCCGGCGCAUUAUGCCGCCACUUAUGCUGUCCUUCAUCAAGCACAACACCGUAUUGGACAUGGAUGGGACAUUAAGCGCGUCAUUGAUUGGGGAGCUGCAACUGGCAGUGGGCUUUGGGCAUCAUGCAAUAUCUUCCAACAUCCUCCAGAAACCGAGGAUGCAGUGCCUCGAUUAGGAACCUCCUAUAUAACGUCUUACACCGGCAUUGACAAGCGCGAUGGUCUGACCAAAAUUGCAAAGCACCUGCUUUCAGGUCUUGAUAUUGGGCGAAGAGACAUAUCAUGGUCCAAAUCAUAUCACGAGGACCGCCACAGCGUCCCACGAGAGGAGGGCUCAAAUACGCUAGCAUUGUCAGCAUUCAACCUCUCGUCGCUCAACCCUCCUCUCGCCCGUAAGACACAGGUGAAAGAGAUGUGGCAAAGUGGUGCAGGCACUAUUAUCCUUAUAGAUCAUAGCACUCCCGAAGGCUUCCAAGCCAUCGCUGAAGCCCGUCAAUACCUACUUGACCUCGGUGCGCGCGAGGUCGCCAACCCCGAUUCGGAGGUCGCGGGUGCCGCGGGCAUACAGCCUAUCCUCGGCUCGCACGUCGUCGCCCCAUGCCCGCACGAUGGCGCGUGCCCCCUCCUCCCGUCUUCCAAGACAGGGAAGCUCGUCUGCGGCUUUGAGCAGCGUCUACAGCGCCCGUCCUUCACCCGCCUCACUAAGCACGCGAAGGCGGGUCAUGAGGACAUUGGGUACUCAUAUGUCGUCGUGAGGAGGGGACCAAGGCCAUCGUUGGCGGCUCCUACGACGUCGACCAAGGUUGCGACUAGCUCAGGUGUCGGACGUGUAGGCGCUGUGGGACGCGAGGUUCUUCAACAACAAAGGGAGAAGACUGUCCAGGAACUGAGCAUGUUUGAUGAGGACGUGGUGGCAGAUCCUGCGUCGACAGAGGCAGAGACGAACUCAUCCGCCGAAACAUCGGAGUCGACAAAUGCAGUGGCAGGGGAUUCGAUCAACGGCCUAAAAGGCAAGGACCUCGAGACAGCACUGCGGUAUGAGGCACUCAGCUGGCCACGACUCGUUUUCCCGCCGUUGAAGAAAAGCGGGCACAUCCUCCUCGACGCGUGCACGCCGGAAGCGAAAAUCAUGCGCCUGACGAUUCCGCGCUCCCAGGGAAAGCAAGAAUAUUACGACGCCCGCAAAGCACAGUGGGGCGACUCGUUCCCGCACAAGCCAAAGAAUGCACCCCAGGAACGCAACUUGCCCGAGCCAAAGGCCCCUGCGAAGACUCCGUCCAAGGGUAAGGGCAAGGGCAAGAAUGGCGUGCCAGAUAUCGGCAGCGCGUGGGCGACCAUGGACGUGAGGCCUGGCGCGCGAGGGGGUGCGCACAUUGGCAAGCGGAAGGAAAGGCAGCGGUCCGAGAUGGAGGUAGGGUACGAGGAAAUGUCGGAAAGACUGAGCACCCAGAACCGUGAUACGAAGAAGUUUUCAAGGAGAGACCGAGCGAAGCUCGAGCUGGACGACGGGUUUGACUAACGAUAUAAUCACGUAGAAGCUCUAAGGCUGAACCUUAGACUACAAGGACUUCGCAUUUCCAAUCCAUCAUAUUGUUAAUCCUCCACUCACGCGUAUACAAUGUUGCAUGUCAUUUAGAUCUUUGUCAUAACACACAAAUUACAUCGCUCUCUUCGCACGGUCGCCCUAAUUUAUCGC